UUUUUCUUUUUCUUUUUUUUUUUUUUUUCUGUUUCCGUGAACGAUACCAAACCAGUAACUGAUCAUUCCACUACUCGGGGAACCGGAGCCGAUGUUCUCUCCACAGUCAAGGGAGAAAGUGCAUGUGGUGGCUAUUCGGACAUAAAUAGUGCUUCUAUCCCAUCGCCUCCCUUCGCCACCCCGCGAUCGUACAUUCCACAUUCUCCUCUUCAAUCCUGACCUGCCUCUUUUCUCUUCCUUAUCUAUUAGAUUAUUCUUUAAGAAUCCUUAUUACUAUCGUGCCUAAAUUCUCCGAACGAAACGCCAAAUUCCUUUCACAAUGAAAUUCUUCUCUUCGCUCGCCCUGCUGGUCUCCGCCGCUGCGGCCAACCCCAUUCUCCGCACUCGCGAUACCCCCGAGAACUUCCAUCUCAAGACCACUGGCGCCAGCAACUCAGCACAUAACGACCUCUAUGUCUACGGCUACCACACCGGUGCUGGAUUCAACGAUGCUGUUCUCACCUCGGACGUCGGUACCGCAAGCCCGGCCUUCCUGAACGGCACGAAUGUCCAGUUCAGUCUCGACACGCCUUUUCCUUGGGGACUGGUAAUGCGACCACAGAACAACUACGGCGCGUGGGAGCCGGUCGAGAUCAACACUGGAUAUGGUACCGGUAGUUUCUCCAUCAACGAUGACGGCUUGAAUUGGUCGGAACAGCAGGGAUUCGGCGGCUGGUUGGUCUGCGACUGGUACCACAAUGCGCCCCAGCUCUUCUAUCUGUUCAAGAACUCCAACAGGCAGCCUAUCAUUCCUUCCUCCUGCAGCACGGUUCAACUCGCCGUCGAGCCUGUUUCCUAAACGGGAAAAUCUGCACGAGUUUGCCACUGGCAUGCCAUGGGUCUCGCAGUGACAGAGACUUCCUGAGUGGUAAUGCACAGGGGAUCGGAGAAAGACGUCCCGGUCCCUGAGACGAUUGUAUCAAUAACUUGGAUACGUACAUGCUGAUAUAAACUUAAAUAAUCAUAAUGAGUCGGGUGUGAUGGGAGUUGGAUUUUGAGUGUAUAUUAUUACACCGUGGUUGACGAUCUUCGGUACUUAAUGACCCUGAUGUUACAGAUAAAUAGCAAUAGCUAGAGGAAAAGAAAAAAAAAUUCAAUAAACAUGGCACACA